UGGUCAGGAAGGGCGGGGAAAACCCUCAGUCAGGCAGAAAGGCCAGAAAAAGCCCUUGGUCAUUCUGGAAUGCCAGGAAAAGUCUUUGGUCAUUUAAGAAGAGUGGGAGAAUUCCUUGGCUGGUCAGGAAGAGCAGGAAAAGCCCGUGGUUUGUCUGGAAGAGAGGGAGAAGCUCUCAGUUGUUCAGUCAGGAAGGGUUGGAAAACCUUGACUUUGGUUUCUGCAGCAAAUUUCCGCCUUUUCUCAGUGACCCCGUGGUUUGAGCUCAGGGCUUCUUCCCUAUGCAGAGAAGCUGGACUGACCCGCACCAGCCUUAAUGGAGGAGCACGGCCUGUGUUCCACUGAAACGCCAGCUGGGAACAAGGCCAGCUUCAGGGAAACAAGUCCGUCUGGUCAGGAGAGCCAUGUCCCCAGUGUCAUUAAUUCUCUUUGUUUCAGUUCUGAGGUUCUUGAAGCAAUAGAAAAUGUUAUCCAAGGUGUACUUCAAAGCCUGGCCCAAAAAAAAGCACCUGUUCUCACAGUGGCUAACAGAAGAGAUUGGAGGAACAUAGAAUUUAAAGAUUCUGUAGGUCUACAGAUGAUACCAGGCUGUACUACAAAACAAAUAAGAAGUGACUGCCCUCAAUCAGCAAGAAGAUUUGCUCUGAUGCUCAAAAUACUAUCAAUGAUCUAUAGGAUGGUGCAGAGCAACACUUAUGCGACUAAAAGAGAUAUAUAUUAUUCAGAUACUCUGCUGUUUGGUAGCCAAAGUGUUGUGGACCAAAUAAUCGAUGACAUUUCUUGCAUGCUAAAGAUACCUCGGAGAAGUCUACAUGUACUGUCUACAACUAAAGGUUUUGUUGCUGGUAAUUUGAGUUACACUGAGGAAGAUGGUACAAAAGUGAAUUGUACCUGCAGCACAACAGCAGUCACUGUGCCGUCUAAUGUUCAAGGAAUUAAAAAUUUAAACUCACAUGCCAAAUUUAUAUUAAUUGUAGAAAAAGAUGCAACUUUCCAGAGACUCCUGGAUGAUGACUUCUUCGGUAAAGUGUCCCCAUGUAUCAUGAUCACGGGAAGAGGCAUACCAGAUCUUAAUACACGACUGUUGGUCAGGAAGCUGUGGGAUUCUUUUCAAAUUCCUGUUUUCACCCUUAUGGAUGCAGAUCCACAUGGUGUAGAAAUAAUGUGUGUCUACAAAUACGGAUCUGUGUCAAUGUCCUUUGAGGCCCAUCAUCUCACCGUUCCCUCUGUCAAGUGGCUUGGUCUCCUUCCAUCUGAUCUUGAGAGAUUAAACAUAUGCAAAGAUGCCUUGAUUCCAUUUACGAAGCAAGAUGAAAAUAAGUUAGCAAGUAUUCUAAAGAGACCUUACGUUGCUUGUCAGCCCCUGUGGAAAAAAGAGCUGGAAAUUAUGGCAGCAUCUAAGCUGAAGGCUGAAAUUCAAGUUUUAACUUCUCUCUCAUCAGAUUACCUGUCCAGAGUCUAUUUACCAAACAAACUGCACUUCGGUGGAUGGCUAUGAAUGCUUCUCUGCAAACGAAAUGUUUUUCUAUAUAUUGAUUUAAUUUGACUGCACUUAAGGAAAAAAAGUGCAGAGACAAAGGAGUAUCUGUCAGUUUCUUGUUCAGUUUCUUUAUCUCUGUACCUAGAAUAUAGCUUCCUCUUUUUCUUUGUUCAAACUAUGAGUAAUUAUGAUUUUUGCAGAGUACUGCUGCUUCCAUUCUGUGGUUUCUGCUGUGAAACAGUGCCAAAUGAAAUAGAACACAUAGAAAAAAUAAUGAAAUACAUUCUUUCUGGCCAGGAAAAAAAGUGAAGUUCAAAAAAUGUAUCCAGGAAUUGUUUUGCCUUCUGUCUUAAAGCACAGCACGAUGCUGUACCAAGCCUUUAAUAUUUGAAGGGUGUGAAAGGCUUGCCUAAGAAUUUAUUGUACAUGUCUCUUUUUGGAAAUUAUUUU